AUGAAUGCUUAUUUGAUUUUCCAACACUUUUUCUUUCAUCUCAAAAGGUGUCCUGACAAUACAAAGCUCCAAAAUCUAACCUCUGUAUCAGAAUUUCAUCUCAAUGUACUCUCAGAGGAUCCAGACCUACAGCAAAUCUUUUUUGUGUUGUUCCUUCUUAUUUAUCUCUUAACAGUGCUUGGGAAUCUGCUCAUCAUCCUGGCCAUCAGCUAUGUCUCCCACCUCCACACCCCCAUGUACUUUUUCCUCUCCAAUCUGUCCUUGGCUGACAUCUGCUUCAUCUCUACCACUGUCCCACACAUGAUUGUGAAUAUUCAACUUCACAAAAAAGUUAUCUCCUAUGUGAGCUGUGUGACACAGAUGUCCUUCUUUGGCAUUUUUGGAUGUAUGGAUGAUCUGCUGCUGACUGUGAUGGCCUAUGACCGGUAUGUGGCCAUCUGUCACCCCCUGAAAUACUCCAUCAUCAUGAACCCUCAGCGUUGUGCCUUCUUAGUUUUAGUAUGUUUCUUGUUUAGCCUGCUGGACACCCAGUUGCACAAUUUAAUCAUCUUAAAUUUCCCCUAUUUCAAAGAUGUUGAAAUUUCAAAUUUCUUUUGUAACCCCCCUCAACUCCUUAGUCUUGUCUGUUCUGAUAUAUUUACCAGUAACCUACUCAUGUAUUUCACUGGCACCAUAUUUGGGUUUCUUCCCAUCUCAGGAAUUCUUUGUUCUUACUGUGAAAUAAUUUCCUCCAUUCUGAAAAUACCAUCAACAAGUGGAAAGUAUAAAGCCUUCUCCACCUGUGGGUCUCACCUGUUAGUUGUUUGCUUAUUUUAUGGAACAGGCCUUGGAGUGUGCCUAUUUUCAGAUGUGUCAUCAUUCCCCAGGGAAAGUGUGAUAGCUUCUGUGAUGUACACAGUGGUCACCCCUAUGCUGAAUCCUUUCAUCUACAGCCUGAGGAACAAGGACAUUAAAAGUGCCAUGAGAAUCCUAUACAACAGAAUCAUGCCCAAAUUUUCCAUUGUGAAUAUCAGUUGGAUAAUGCAAAAAAAUUAA